UUAGAUUCUAAACAUUCGCCUUUUGAACUGGGGAACUUCAUUCCUUCUGAAAUCUUGCUUUAAUCCCAAAUACAAUUCUAGUAAAAUCUGAAAACGGUGGAACGAAUUCGAUUAGAGAAUGGAAGAAACUACUAAUCAGACUGACAUGGAAUCCAAAGAAAAAAAUCAAACAAUUUUCCGAUGCAAGAAAUGUCGAAGGAUUGUUGCUUCAGAGGAUAAUAUAAUUCCUCAUGAGCGUGGAAAUGGACAGAAAUGCUUUAAAUGGAAGAAGAGAACAGGUGAUACAACAAAUGAACUUCCGGAAUGUUCAUCUAUGUUUGUAGAGCCUAUGAAAUGGAUGCAAGCAGUUGAAGAAGGUAAUGUGGAACAGAAGCUUCAGUGCAUUGGUUGUAAUGCUCGUUUGGGUUCGUUUAAUUGGGCGGGUAUGCAAUGUAACUGUGGAGCAUGGGUAAAUCCGGCAUUUCAGCUGCACAAGAGUAAGUUGUGUCCUAAAGUGGACAAUGUUGAAGGGAAUGAUGAUGAAAACCUAGUCCACAAUGAGAAAGGAAAUGAUGAAGGUGGUGUUGUCCAUUCCACUUUCAAUGAGGACAUACCUUAG